GUCCGAGAGGAAGGCUCUGCCCAGCGGCUCUGCGGGCUGAAGAUGGCGGACGGAGAGAACAGUGUCGGAACGGCCUUUUCAGGCGCCUCCGGUAUGGACGAACCUGCCGCCAAAAGGACGAAAAUCAGUCCGGUGACUAAAGUCGCCGAAGCAGAUCAAUUAUCUUGUGUUUCUGGCGCCACGGAGAGUUGUGAGGCGGCGGGGAGUUGUGCGCAGCCAGCGGAGAAGGAAGCAAAGCCGGUGAUGGCGGUGGAGCAGGCCGCAGCGGGAGCGCCAGGCGGAGACAACAAUGGACUGGGACUGCUGCUCUCCCAGCCGCACAGACCGGCUGUGAAACUACACGACAGCGCUGCACUUGGGACAACCGAGGAGGGUGCUGACUUUCUUGGGCAUGACGACCUCCCCUCCAACGGCCUGGCUGUCACACCAGACCACAUCACAGAGGAAGAUGACAGAUCAUCACAUGCAAGCUCCAGCGACUGGACCCCUCAACCGCAAAUAGGAUCAUACAGUUUCAUCCAGCAACACAUCAGAGAGACCGACCCGAGGACCAUUCUAAGGGAACUGCUGCCUGAGACUGUACUCCCACCAGAUUUAGACGACAUGACGUUGUGGCAGAUCAUCAUCAACAUCUCCGAACCACCAAAGAGAAAGAAGCGGAAGGAUAUCAACACCUUGGAAGAUGUGGUCAGGCUACUCCAUGACAGUAGAAGGAUCCUUGUGCUGACGGGUGCUGGGGUGUCCGUUUCAUGUGGAAUACCAGACUUUCGCUCCAGAGAUGGAAUUUAUGCACGGCUUGCUGUAGAUUUCCCUGAUCUUCCAGACCCUCAAGCUAUGUUUGACAUUGAAUACUUCAGACGGGACCCAAGGCCAUUUUUCAAGUUUGCAAAGGAGAUCUAUCCUGGUCAGUUCCAGCCUUCACCCUGUCACAAAUUCAUAUCUAUGCUGGAUAAGCAGGGGACGCUGCUGCGCAAUUACACACAAAACAUUGACACAUUAGAACAAGUGGCUGGAGUUCAGCGAAUUAUCCAGUGUCAUGGGUCAUUUGCAACUGCUUCCUGUCUUGUCUGUAAACAUAAAGUGGAUUGUGAGGCUAUAAGAGAAGACAUCUUUAACCAGGUCGUCCCUCAUUGUCCACGGUGUCCAGAUAUUCCCUUGGCAAUCAUGAAACCUGACAUCGUUUUCUUUGGAGAGAAUCUUCCAGAAAUGUUCCACAGAGCCAUGAAGCAGGAUAAAGAUGAGGUGGACCUCUUGAUUGUCAUUGGCUCCUCACUUAAAGUCCGACCAGUUGCCCUCAUCCCAAACUCCAUUCCUCAUGAAGUGCCUCAGGUCUUGAUCAAUAGGGAGCAGCUGCCACACCUCAACUUUGACGUGGAGCUACUUGGGGACUGUGAUGUCAUUGUCAACGAGCUCUGUCAUCGAUUGGGUGGGGACUUUGAGCAGCUCUGCUACAACACCACAAGACUCACUGAGAUCACAGAGAAACCCCCUCGGUUACCAGAACAGCCACCAAGCGAGGCCUUGUCUGCUUCCAGUGACGGAGCGCAGGAGGAACAGAAGCAGCACAGUACAGACUCAGUAAUUAAGCCUCCAGAGGAGACAGAAUGUCCGAAUAUCACAGAGACUGCUGGUAAUAACAUUACACCUCCAGAGCCUUGUCCAAAUGCUCAGUGUCCCAGUGAGGAGACUGCUGAGCCCUCAGAGUUACCAGCAGAAGAAACGCCAAAAGAAGAGGCUGCAGAAGUAAAGAGCCAAACCUCUAACCUUGAAUUUCGUAGAAGAUGCUGGAUGAGUCGAAUCAACAGAAGUCCAAUCAGCAAACGCCUUGAGACAGGCCAGUACCUGUUCCAAGCACCAAAUCACUAUAUCUUCCAUGGGGCUGAGGUUUACUCCGACUCUGAAGAUGAGACAUCGAGCUCCUGUGGGAGUGACAGUGAGGAGUCUGAAUGCAGUGCAGAUGGGGUGGAGGAAGACAGCGAGCCGGAGGAAGCUGGCUCGCUAGCUGCGAGACAAAAUACAACAAUACAACACACUUUAGCCAAUGAGGCCACAUCCAGUGUGCAGACAGACAAUACUUCUGAAAAGACUCAGAGCACCGCACACCUUUAAAUGUAAAGUACCCAGUCGACAAAGCACUAAUUGUCCUUUUUUUAUAUAUAUAUAUA